AUGGUGAAUAAUACCGCCCUCAAUUAUAAUGAUGAUGAUCAUCAUCAUCGACCAUAUUGUGUAAAAGUAGCAAAUAAUAAUAAACAAGAAUCAUCGACAACAAUUACAAAUAAUUUAUUUGAUUCAGAUAGAUAUUGUAAUAUAAUACGUGAAAUACUUGAUUCAAGAUCAAUAAAUUCUGUUCGUUCUUGUUCAACUUGUAGUGCAACAAUUCAAUCACCAUCCAGUGAUAAAUCAUUGAUAGUAACCAUUAUUGAUGAUGGUGAUGAUCAUGACGAUGAUGAUAAUAAUAAUCAUCGUAUGAAUAAUGAUGAUGGUGGUGGUGGUAGAAAACAAUCAAAAACAACCGAAAAGCAAUAUGAUAAAAUUCUGGUAGCUAAAACAUCUAAACAUCAUCAUCAUCGUUUAUUCUUUCAUUGCAAUAUAUGUGAUUAUUUGCAUAGGAUAUUACGUUACAUCAAAUUUAUUGACGUUUUAUUUAUAAUUGCAUCAUUUUUAUUUACAUUAAUAAUGUUACUGUUAUUACGAUCAGAUUUUUCAACAGAUAUUCAUUCAAUAUUAUUAUUAAUAUUAAUUUGGUUAUCAAUCGCUAGUAUUUAUCUAUUAUAUCCUACAUUUAAACGUUGGUUUUUAUAUUGGAAUCCUGGUUUUAGUUUAACAAGACCAAGUUAA